CCAAUUGUCAUUCAUUAUCGGUCUUUUUACUGCACAAACCACGUAAACCAGUCAGAAAUACGCGGGGAAACAGAACAGAUUCCGGUGGAUUCCGGUAUUAGGGGAUUCCGGUAAUUCUAUGGACCGUUGAAACACACUGCUUCACGAUAACAUAUUUGAAGAGAAAAACACAAGGAAUUAGGAAAGGUUCGGCACAAUGCUCUUCAAAUACACUCUGGUUCUGGUGGUCUGCGUGGUCCUGCUUGAUCCGUCUGAUGCGUGGGGCAGGAAAAUAAAGAAGGGGCUGAAGAAAGCUGGAAAGAGCAUCAAGAAAGUUGUGAAGAAACAUGGUUGUAAGGCCCUGUUCUCAUUCGCGUGCCCAGCAGGAGUGGCGGCGGCCGGUGCAGCGGUAGCGGUCGGAAGUGGUGGAACGGGUGCUGCAGGCGCAGCUGCUGGAGUUGUCGCGGGACAGGCCGCGUGCAGUGUGGGAGGGAAGAAGACGUGCAAACGCAGUGUUGACAUGAAUGUAAAUAUAGUGCCGUUUUCUGACAACAUAAGAGAUUAUGACGUCAACGGUGACAAACUUGUGGACUACGAAGAGUUUGUGUUCUCAAUUAUGACGACAAUCAACCUGGCCAAGCCAAUGGAGCUGCGCAAACCGUUUACGUUUGCUGAUGUGAAUGGUGACGGCACGUUGGACACGCAGGAGUUCAAUGCUGCCCCAUUCUUGUUUGCACAUGUCGAACAUUCACAAUCUACAAACAAAAUCUGAGAAGAGACGACUUAAGAGUUUACGUUCAGGAAUGUUUUCCACUUAUCAGAAAUGUAUUUUUUAGGGAUGCAAACGAAUGGCAAAAGUAUUUUUACAUAAACAGACAACAUGACUUUUGAGUGGUCGAAAAGCAAGUGACUUUUAAUGUAUUCCUUAAGGUGACACUAAUGUGACAAAUCUUCCUGUGCUAAAUUUACCUGUGUUAAUAGUUAAAGUAAACUACUUUUUCAUUAAAAUUAUUAUACUUUG